CCUCAUUUAUAUUGUUACUUUAACAGAACGUAUUAAAUAAAUGUGACAUUUACCUCAGGCCAAAGGGUAAAUGCGUAGAAUAAUUGUGCUUCAUAACCAUCCAUGAAUUUCGAGGACGAUGGGCGGAACGCUGGGGUUGGUCAAACCUGAGCUGAGUCAGUUCCAGAAAAACAAGCUUCUGCACGAGUUUCACACGUUUUUCGAUUUAAACAAAGACGGGUCUCUGGAAUGGAGGGACUUUGAUCUGGCGAGACAGAAAAUCUGCGCAUUGAGCGGAUGGAAGAUCGGUACAGAAAAAUUCAUGCGCACACAAGAACUGUUUGUUGAAAUAUGGCGGCGGCUGUCAGACGAGGCCGACGAGAAUAAUGACGGCAAGGUCACAGAAGAUGAAUGGCUGAAGAUGUGGGAGAUGUUCCACAAGGAUGGCUUCAAGAAGAACGAGAGGAAGACCGACAAGGAGAAGAGGGAGAUGGACAAACUGGAGGCGUAUGACCUUCCCGACUGGCUGAAGCGGUAUAUCGAGUAUAAGUUCAACCUCUAUGACAGGACGGGAGACGGUGUCAUCGACGUGGAUGAGUUUGAGUACGUCCUGGGGGAUUUCGGCGUCUCCUGUAAAGAUGCCCGAGCAUGCUUCCUGAUAUUCUCCAUGAACCAUGAGAAGAAGAUCAACCUGGAGUACUUCAAGGAGCUGUCCUCAGAGUACUACCGUGCAGACGACCCCGGUGCUCUGGGAAACUUCAUUACAGGAAGAUUGGAUUUCUCCUGAACAUUACAAUAUUUACACAUACCAUGCAGGAGAGCAACUCGUCUGCUGACCCCAGAAUUCAUGGACAUCUUGCCAAAGAAUUAUUCUUUACGUAUAUUAUUAAUCUUAUUUUAUUUAAUAGUCAAAGAAGGUUGACAUCGGCGAAUUUAAUCUUUGAUAGACAUUUAUAAGCUGGAGGAACAUGACAUCUGUUGUGGACGACCUUUUUAAUAUUUAUAUUCUUUUGAGACGUUACAAGAGUUCACAAAGUCGUUAUCCAUGAAAUAGUGUCAUGUGUUCAUAUUGAACGUCAGAGCUUGUUGUUUAUUUGUAGGUGCCGGGAUGUCAGGUGGGUGGCAGUAGUUGUCAUUUAAAAAUGUUUCAUAAGAUGGCAGGGUAUGAGAAAUAUGAUCCAGUCUUACAAUCAUGAGACUAUUCUCACCCUCUCUCUCUCUCUCUCUCUCUUCUCUCUCUCUCUCUCACUCACUCUCUCUCUCUCUCUCUCUCUCUCCCUUUCUCUCUCUAUCUCUCUCUCACACACACACUGUAUUUUUUAAAAUCCACACACACACCACUCAUUGUAACAAAUCACCAGUCACUUAACACAAUUGUGUACCACACAAAAUACACGAAUAUGGUGGUCAAAUGUAACAUGUGUUAUAUUUGGGAUUACACUUUCUUAGUAAAGUACAGAUUCUAGUACUUUUGUUGGGUUCAGUCCCAUGGGUAUUUGAACUCA